AUGGUUAUCGAUUUCAGAGCGUUAAAUGAAAAAACUAUAGGGGACGCGUACCCCCUGCCUAAUAUUGAAGAAAUACUAGAUCAAUUAGGCAGCGCUAAGUAUUUUAGUAUAUUUGACUUGGCGUCCGGUUUCCAUCAGAUUCCCAUGCACGAGGCCGACACACCGAAAACAGCCUUUUCUACGCCCUAUGGGCACUAUCAUUUCAAACGAAUGCCGUUUGGAUUAAAAAACGCUCUCGCGACUUUCCAAAGGCUUAUGGAUCAAGUGCUGACUGGACUCCAAGGAGUAGAAUUAUUCAUUUAUUUCAACGACAUCGUAAUAUAUGCUAGUUCCCUGAAGGAACACGAAGCUAAAUUUAAUAAGUUGGCGAAUAGACUGCGAACGGCGAGACUGCGAUUACAGUCAGACAAGUGUGAAUUCUUACGGAAGGAGGUGACAUAUCUUGGACAUGUAAUCACAAAGGACGGGUUAGCUGAAUAUGAAUAUGAGGUAAUCUAUAAAGUAGGAAAGAUAAAUAGCAACGCUGAUGCGCUCUCCCGUAACCCGAUUCUCCCAGUCCGACCGCAGAAACAUGCGACCCCGCUCAACGACGAUUCAGACGAAUCCCUUUUCAGUAACAUAAAUAAGGAUAACUCUCAAGAGCCGAGCGGAUCACAUGCCGACAUUCCACUGAGCGAUAAGGAAAGCACGGAACUAGAUUCAGACAAUGACGACCAUGACGAGACAGGCUCCGACGACGACUCUGAAAACGAACCGCUGGUAGACAGAGUCAACACCCCCUUCGAACUUAAGAGACGAUUUCUAAACGAAACAAACGAACGAUUGUCACGGAGAAAAGAUAAUUUGGCGAUAUUCGUUUCACAAACCGGUGACAAGGGAGCACUCGAUCUAAAGGAAAAUAACAGAUAUUCCUCCAUGGAUGAAUUAUCGAUAGGAAAAAUAAAAGUAAUACGUGAUAAAAAACGUUACAUAAUCGCCAUGGUAAUUGAACAAGGUAGGGGAACUUCUUCGCUAAUAGAGAUGCAAGCCCUCCGAACUGCAAUAGGCUCGUUAGUCAACGCAACUCGAGAAUUAGACUUAGCGACAUUAUCAAUCUGUAAAAGUAGUAUAGGCACGAUAGAAUGGAAAACAAUAUAUAGAAUGCUCAGGGAUAUUUUCUGGAACGAAGAGACAAAAAUCACAAUUUGCAAUAACUUAACCAGUAUACCUAAUAACGAAAACCGCGACGAGAUAAUUAAAGAGUGCCACGCCUCUGCAAUGGGCGGACACAAAGGCAUAACUAAAACAUAUAAUCAACUAAAAACGCGAUAUCACUGGCCCGGCAUGAAACGGGAUAUACAGAAUGUAAUAAACAAUUGUCGGGAAUGCCACAUAAAGAAACUAGUCCGAAUAAAACCGAGACAACCGAUGAUCCUAACGGAUACACCCGAUAGGGCAUUUGAUAAAGUUUCUAUGGAUAUUAUGGGACCGUUACCGACAACCUCCGCCGGAAACGCUUAUAUUCUAACUAUUCAAGAUCUGUUGACAAAAUAUUCAAUAGUUGUUCCUUUAAGAAACCCCGCAGCAAUCGACAUAGCCGAAGCAUUUACUAACGAGUUCAUAUGUAUUCAUGGCGCCCCGAAAGCUCUACUGACAGUCCAAGGGACACAUUUCCUUAAUCUAAUGCGAAAUAUUGCACGGAAAUUCCGAAUAAAACAUUAUAAAACCGCAGCGUACCGACCGCAAUCGAACGGCUCCAUCGAGCGAUCCCAUGAAGUUCUAUGGGAAUACUUAAAACAAUUUGUAAAUAAACACAGCGACUGGGAUUGUCAUCUUAGGCUAGCAAACUUCUCAUAUAACACCAGCGUACACGAAGGGACAUUAUUCACUCCCCAUGAGUUAGUUAUGUCAGGAAAAACGCGCGUUGUACACAUAGAUAAGUUAAAGCGACCGGGGAAUCGGAGCCCCACAGCUGAUUCCCCAUCAGACGGCACUUCGAGGAGUAAGGAGUGUGCUGCUCUAGUUACCGAUGGACCCCAGACAAAUCAACAUGUCGAUAAUCGUUACUAUCGCCUGCAUCCUCUUACCAGCAACGGUUUACGGCCUCACGGGAUAUGA